CGAGAACAUCAAGUAUCACGAUACAAAACAGAAUUUAAUCUGUUAUCAUGAACAAGAUAUACCGUCUCGACAGAGUGCUGACAUAUGUGCGAUCUCUCAAUAGUCCCAAAGCACAUUUGGUAUCAGCAAGAUGUUUUGGUACAAAAGAUGAUUCCGGAAGAGACCAAAGCUCGAUGUCACCUUCGGAAUCUCCCCUUGUUGAAAAAGAAGUGCAAAUGGAAACGAAAGAUGAAGCGAAAGCAUCAGAGACCGAAAUAAAACUGGGUGGCUUUGCACAAAGUUACAAGAAAUUCUCGCACAUUGGAGAAGAAAAAAAACCGGAGAUACCACAAACAUUCGCUUCCUUGAUUCGACACUCCAAGUUUGUCGAUUUGGGAGAUCCUGAAGGAAAAUUGGUAAUUGGUAAGAUAUAUCAUGUGGUUGAUAAUGACUUGUAUAUUGACUUUGGAUGGAAAUUCCCCUGUGUUUGCCGGAGACCUGUUAAAAAUGGACAAUAUUAUGUAAGAGACUCAAAAGUUCGUCUGAGGAUUAAGGAUUUGGAGUUAUCCUCUAAGUUUCUCGGUGCUACUACAGAUAUAACUCUACUAGAAGCCAAUUGUACUUUGAUAGGCUUGAUAUCGUCACCAUUGCAGGUUGCAGAACAGAAAACACAGAGGCCAAAGAAGCGGAAUAUCAUACCUUCUUAAUUUAAUAAUAUCUAUAUUAUAUGUGAAUAAAGUUUAUACAAUACAAAUAUAUAUACAAUACGAUGAUAA